AUGAACGAAAUCGUGCCAAUCGCUUGCUAUAAGAAGCGACCGCUUCCCUUGGAGGAAAUCGCACCCCCAACCGUAUUAACGGGUGAGCGAGUGAUAUACCCACAGAAAACGCAUAACAUUGCCACCGCGCCAGGCAUGUCUAGUCACAUCGACAAGAAUCAGGAGGUUGAGGAGAAGCCUGAAGAAGAACAGAAGGAAGAAGAAAAGCCAGCAGCAGAGGAGGAGGAAACAGAUGACGAUGAUGAUCGAGAACCGAUGUACGACAACACCGAUUAUGACUAUGUACGCUUUGACCCAAUAUGGUAUAGGGAUCAGGGUUACGCGGGAAACCAGAUGCCCAUCGAGAUAGAGGAGUAUCUAGGGCAGGAUCAAAAAUACGGACGGUAUCUCCAAAUGGUCCGAUCAUCCCGGACGAUCUUCCAUAUGUGCGGUCGGCCUGAUGUGUCUUCUGCAGCGAAAAGGAUACGCUAUUCCGAGGGGUCCCUGUUGGCUCUCGAGAGAUCCUUGGCUUUCUUCCUCCCUGUCAUAAGCUCAACCAACGCUGAUAAUGAGUUUGGACCGGGGAUCUACACCACAGGAAAGCUGUGCAUAGCCAAGAAAUAUGCAGGUGCAACCGGUGCCAUAAUGGUCUUUAGUACACCAGACGAGCAGUGUCUACAAUGUUGGGAGCCCACUAGUUCUGCCUGGAGACGAUUAACCACGAAGUGGAUGGACCUACCACUGGCCGAUAUAAACCCCCCUCAGGCCUAUCAGAACGCGGAUGUCAUUAAAGGAAAUAUGUCGGCGGAUAUUGCUAGUGCACAAAAGGAGAAGCGGUUUGUGAACCCAGAGGUCACCAAGCAAACAGCUUUUGUCUCGUACCGCGGGUGUGAGAGCUUGAGACGCGAACUCAAAGCUAUCAUCUUCGUCGAUUCGUCUAGAUGA